AUGGUGGUACGUGUGAUGGGCGCUUUGAGCCUCUUUCUGGGCAGCUACCUCGUGUCUCUGCGAGGCAACAUCCAAAAUCAGGACCUGCAGGACAUGUUCUACCCAACUGUCGCAAUCCUAUACAAGACUCUCUUCAGCCAGUUCGUAAAUCUCACUUGGACAUACUUCCCCGGUCGACGCGACUGCACGGCUCUAUGGCUGACGUCUGCCACGACCACCGUUGCAGUUUCCUCAGAAGGCUUCUACUAUGCUGGACUGGUGUUGAUGCUGGCCUUUGGUCAGGGCACGAACUACCAAGUAGUACGGCGUGGUGCAGUGUCUGUUGCGACGCAUGCUGGAUUCGCCAUCCUUGGUCGUUUCAAUGUGAUUGGCACUCUGAUUCUUCUUGUGAGGCGAAAUGUGGCGCGUCAAUUUGGCUGGCAGCCUCCCGAGAUUCGCGAAGUUGAGAGUCUCAGGGACUUGGUCCUCCGCACUUCCUCCGUGUCAGCAAUUUUGUCUUGGGCGAUCAUGUUUUUUGCAUGUCUCCUCUACAUGCUCGCAAACUUAGCCGCUCACUCCGUGUAUGGCUGCGAGCGGGCUUCACCGACGUGUCGGUAUCUUUACCGGCCGGCCACCUACGUUGUGUGUAGUGUGGCAGGGUUCGGUAUGAUCUUGACGGAGUUCAUCGUGGCAUGGGGCAUGCGCUGGAUGCGUCAGCAGAGGGGGAGCAUGGAAGGGGGCUGCACCCUUGCAGCAGUGUGGAAGGCCUUGAACCAGUUGUCACUGCCCGGCAUGCACUGCCAGCCUUACGCCACUGCAAAGGCCAGGGCACAGAUCCCUGAGACGGUCAACACAGGGCUGUCUGGUGUAGAGGGUUUCCUCUGCCUGACACCCCGUGAAUGUGCAGCACUCCUCGCGACGAACUUUGCCCUCGCGCUGAUUAUGGCGACCGUAGGGUCCUUCCUCAUUCUCGGAAUGAAAGAGGAGCUGGAGGGUUUGCUGGUGUAG